UGUCCAUCUGUGCUUCAGUUCGAACAGUCUAUGAUCCCGAGCCUCCGCCUCCUCCUCAUAUCUUUGUUUUACCAACCUUCGCUCUUCUUGUCGUACCCCUCGCCAACUCCCACGCCUACCCCGACCACUACAUUGAUUACCCCCGUCUCCUCUUCCGACGUUCUUUCAAACGUGCCACCACAUCCCUCAAAAGAAAACCAAAAAAGGUCCCACGCCCGGAGGCAGCUUACGGGACAUAUCCCUCUACCACGUAACGCGUUCAUUCUCUUUCGUCGCGACUUUUGUCCGCCAAAAUAAAUUCCUUCCUUCCAUCGAAAAGAAACGACAACAUAUCUCGCAUCGCUGGUUCUCUGUGGAACGAUAUGACCUCUCCGCAACAGCAACCUUGGAACAUGUUAACAGGGCAGGAGAAAACCGAACACGCCCUUCUUUAUCCCGACUACAAGCACGAGCCCAGGAAAAGUCCGAGGGUCGCCAGAAAGAAGGCCCACACGAUGGGGUACGCCGAAUCGGGGCAUCGAGGACGGUCUUCGCGAUCCAGGCAAAACGGCGAGUACCCACCUUUGGCUCCGCACUCGGCCAUCUGUCACAGCCUACCUUGUCGCCGCUCCUCCUCGUGUCCUCCUCCUGGUUCUGUGCCUGCCGCCCCCCCGGCUGUCCAUCACGAAGACGAGGAUGAUGUCCCAAUUGGACCAGUCUUUGAAACUCGAGACGACUUGCAGCGUCGCCCGAGCCGCAUCAUGACGUAUCAUUCCUCGUCCUCGGCGUAUCCUUCUUCCUUCGACGUUUCAUCCAUCCCAAUGCAACUACUCGAGCCGGAAGAGCUUUCGUAUUCAUGGCCUGCGGACCCGAGAGAGUUCCAGUUGAUUCCUCCAUCUUUGCUAUGCGGCAUGGCCGAUGGUCGCAAUGGCUUUAUCUCUUCGGACUUCAGUGACGUCCAGGCUAAGAGUAUUUGGAUCGAGCCUUCGUGGGAUUACACUCAAGCUGAUACCGACAUCUCGUGGGCCGAGCCAGAGUCCUUUGUUCCGUAUCUCAGCACAGAGGACAUAAUGUCGCAAUGGUACCAGGAGGUAAAAAAAGAAGAACGAGAAAUACUAUUUGACGAUUUCAGGAAGGAUCAGCAACACUUCGACACGACCUUGUUUAUUUACCCAUUCGCAAGCCGCGCCUUUGGGAAUGCUUCUAGUUCAUCUCCCGCACCGCCCAGUCUCUCGCCUUUGGAAAUUGCUCCAAACGAAGUCUCGGGUCCGCAACAAGAAUUGUAA